AUGGCAGGGCAGGCUGCCUCGAACAAGGAGCGCCCUCUUGCGGGGGCGGUUCUAUGCUUUACGUCCGUUCUUCCCGAGCUGCGGACUGAGCUUGCCUCGAUCGCGAGCCAGAUGGGCGCGGGCCACAGCUACGAUCUUACCUCCGAAGUCACCCAUUUGCUGGUUGGCGAGACUAGCACCGAGAAGUACAAGUUUGUUGCGCGCGAACGGUCCGACGUCGUCGUACUCCGGCCGGAAUGGGUAGAAGCUGUACGCCAGUCCUGGAUGCAGGGUGGAGACACCAAUAUGCAGGCGCUGGAAGAGGAAUAUAAGCUGCCGACAUUUGCGGGAACCGCGAUCUGCAUAACGGGUUUCGAAGACCUGGAGCUCCGGAAUUAUAUUCGCAACAAUGCCCAACUGCAUGGCGCAGACUUUAGAAAAGAUCUCACAAAAACAGUGACACACCUUAUUGCGCGGACCGCGGUGGGUGACAAGUACAAGUAUGCGACACAAUGGAAUGUGAAGGUGGUUACCCUCAAAUGGUUCACCGAUUGUAUAGAGCGUGGGAUGGUACUUGAAGAGACAUUGUACCAUCCUCUUCUGCCAGCAGAACAACAGGGCGCUGGAGCCUGGAACCGCUCAAUACCCGCAGUCAAACACAAAGCGCAAGAAACCGAGAGCUCGGCAGGCCCUCGACCUCGGAAACUGCGCAGAAUUGCUAGUACUAAACUUAGUAAUGAAAACGAAAAUAUUUGGGGCGAUAUCAUCGGGAUGGGUUUCGAAACCGCGGAGCCAAAGCCAUCGAGAGAGGAACGGCAGGCAUCAAACGAGCAAAGGCAAAAGAAUGCACCAGUCCUUCAAAUAGCCAAGUCCUUCGCCAGCGAGACCACCUUUGCUCGUCCUUCACAACCUCGUGAGCCAACGGCUGAACCAGUCGUCGAUCAUCGAAAUGGUUUCCUAGACGGAUGCUUCUUCUUGAUACAUGGCUUCUCUUCGAAACAGACAAAUGUAUUACGGAACCAUCUUUCAUUCAAUGGUGCUCAGUUGGUGGAUUCUCUAAGCGAGUUCUCGCGCCCGGACAUACCAAAGAAAGGCCGUGGGCUCUACAUCAUUGUGCCUUACAAAUCCCCACGAUCCACCGUCCCAUCAACAGAUGAUCUAGCAUUCGAGUGCGAAAUCGUGACAGAUAUGUGGUUGGAAAGGUGUCUUGACACAAAAUCAUUAGUCUCCCCUGAAUCUCACAUUGCAAAUACGCCAAUCCCUUCUUUCCCUGUAAAAGGGUUAUCGGACAUGAACAUCUGCUCUACUGGCUUCUCCCGCAUGGAUCUUCUACACCUCUCAAAGCUGGUCAAUCUAGUAGGUGCCACGUACAAUGAGUAUCUGAAGCCCACUGCAUCCGUUCUCAUCUGCAACGCUUCAAUAUCCCUGAACCACGAAAAGCUGCGCCACACCCACGAAUGGGGCGUACCAGCUGUGACGGCUGAGUGGCUGUGGUCUUCCAUACGACAAGAGAAGAAGCAGCCUUUUGAGCCUUAUCUCGUUCGGAAACCAUCAACACUGAGUAGCAAAGAUCCGGAAUUGCGAGCUGGUUCUCGCCCAUCGCAGAAGCGACCUUCACAGCAAAAACCCAUGGAAAAUACUGUCCCCAAUAAAUCUAAUUCACUAGACACCGACUCACUACCCAAGGAACCGAAACAAACCAUCUCUGAGAGUCCGCAAAAAGCGCCCCCACCUAGAUCAAAUCCCAACCCGAAAUCACAACAACAAUCUAUCUCACCAGCAAAACCACCUCCAGCCGAAGCCGCAAACGCCGUCAAAUCCCCCGCAAAGCGCAAGUACUUUGACGAAGAAGCAGCGUCCUCCACAAAAACCGCCAUCGACUCCGUCGUAAACGGCCUCCUAAAACACGCCCGCAACCCCCCCUCCCGCUCAAACUCCGACUCAACCAGUGACCCCGACAGACCACGCUCAAGACGAGCACGACCACUCCUCGGCCGCGUCCAGUCAAACUCCUCCAUACGCGCAACAGACCCUCAAAGAAUUUUCUCCCGCGCAAGCUCCAUCGACACCAUAAACGGGGACGGCCCCGGAAGCGCAGCCGAGAGCAUGAGCAUGAAUACAGACGGCGGCAUUCCCUCUCUGGGCACAGGCAGCCGCAUCGAGCUCGAGUACCUCAAUGCCGAGCGCGAUCGGCGGCUCGAGGGAAUCGAGGAAGAGGAGCCCCCGCCCAUGACGCAGCUCGACUACGAGGACCCCGAUGCCGCCCUCAUGAGGGCGAAGUUCCUCCGGGACGCGGGUAAAGUGGUUGAGAAGCCUGCUGGGAGACAGGAUCCCGUUGUUGAUCACCUGAAGGAGUUGGAGAGUGCUGGGUGGGGAACUGGACGGAGGACGAGGAAUGCGGCGCGGAGUACGGCUGUCGGUGAUGAUGUUUUUUGA